AUUGAAACGACUUAUCCAAGUAUCCCUAAUGUCUGAACAAGAAAAGUUAAGUGCCAAAGCUAAUCAGAGCGAAAUGGAGCCUCGCAGGCUUAGUAUUAUUGAAGGACUUGAUAUGGUUAUAAGCCGAUUGAGGCAGAGCAAAGAUAGUGCAAAAGACCAGGAUUCCCCUGACGAGGUAGUAAAGAAGAAAUCAUCAGCCAGGAUCAAAUUGACAAAUUUUAGGAAGCAAUUUGCACUAUCUCCUGUACCUAAGAAGAAGGCUCCUCGGAAGUGUUCUGUUGAUGAUGAAUUUGGAUUUGAUUUUAAUGAUAUCCAACCUCGUAAGAAAGCUCUCAGCAUGAAAUUUGAAGAAAUUAUCCACAAUCAGAAGAAAAGAAACGCUAAUCGCAUGGAUCAUAUUUGAUUGUCAAAAAUAAAAGAAUCAGACACAGAAACUAAUGGUAAAGAAUCUUGCAAAAAUCCAAAGAUUAGCAUUAGCAGUGUUGAGCUUGAUACAGACAAAGGUGUUCAAAAUAAGCCAAACUUCUCAGAGCAAAGCCGUGACACUAUCAUGAGUUUGAGCAGAAAUAAAGCAGGUUCGAGAACUAAACCAUUGAGCAUAAUUUCUAAAUUUUACCCUGGAAAGAUAGCUAAACAACAAAAGAAAUCAGAGGAAGUUUCUCCUGAGACUCAAGGAGAGAAGGAGUCCUACAAAGCCAGCCAAAGUAUCACCCUUAAGAAUUCUCAAAACAGACAGAACAACUUCAAAGGAAACAAAAUUUUCAAAACGGAUAUUUCCAAAGAUCUUUUUAUAAAUAAAAGGAUAUCUCAGGGUGUAGAAAGCAACAAGAACACUUAUUUUUCAGAAAAAGCUAGAACAUUCUAUAAGAAUAAUUAUGCCAAUCUGAUAUCUAUCUGAGAAAAUAUCCGGGAGAAGAAGCUCAAUGAAAUUUCAGGCAAAGAAUUAGUUCAGUAUCUUUCAAUACCUGGAAUAAGCCGGAUCCAAAAACUUGUAAAGCAAAUGAAACAAGAAUUGAUCAGAAAUAGGCGUAUGAACACUAAUCUUAAAGGAGGUGAUCAAGACCAUGACCCUCUUACUCAAAGGAUCAAAAUUUUAGCCUACAAACUUAAGACUUCCCUUGAGAAAAAGAUUACUCAAUUAAAGUUACUUGCUAAGCAAAAGCAUAUUGGGAAGGAAUGAUGAAAUACCCUAUUUUUCGAUCAGAUGAGAUGACAAAAUGGAUAUAAUGAAGCUAAAAAUCUUAGUCUUUCGCUAACACUACAACCCCACAUAUUUAAGAGAUUAAGAAAUAACGCACCAGACAAAAAGCCUUCUCGUAAUAAACACAAACGUCGCUCGAUCGUCCAAUAUGGAGCAUCAAAAUCUAUAAAAUUCAGAAAAUUAGUACUUCCUGCAGUACAUUCUCCCAAAAGGAAAACACGAGGCCAUACAAGAGGUAAAUCAAGCAGAAACAUUUACGCCAAAAAGAAAUCAAUAGAUCCUCUCAUGAAUCACUCAUUCAUUUCCUAAUUUAUAAACUCAACCUUCUCAACA